CUAAACUAGGGUCUGAAAUGUGGAGCGAAAAUGGAACCCUCGGAAGAAUCUCAACAUCAGUCAAUGGGAAACUACCAAUCUCAAAAUAAAAACGAUGACAAACAACCAAAAGAUGUGAUAGCGUUAGGGUUUGAAUCGGCGUUGCCUUCUGAUCCCAAUCGCGAUCCGAAUCUUAAUGAUGAGGAUAAGCUAAACCUAAUCGUAGCUACUGAAGAGCAUCAGAAUCUAUCUCUGAGAGAAGAGCCUGUCAAUGAGGAACCUCAGAAUUUUGUCUUGGAAAACACCGCCAAUGAAGAGAGAGAAUUGAAACAAGCUAUCAACGAAGAAGACUAUGGGAAAAAGGAAAGAGAAAAUGAGGGUUAUAGUUCAGUUUUGGGAGAAAAUGAAGUGAAUAAUGAGAAACAUUCGGAUCACGAAGAGGACGGUGAGAACGAGGGCCAAAAUGAGGAAGGUCAGGGUCUAACUUGCGAAAAUGCCACCGAUGAAGAGAGAGAAUCGAAACAGGCCAUCAACGAAGAAGAAUAUGGGAAAAAAGAAAGAGAAAAUGAGGGAAAGAGUUCAGCUGUGGCAGAAAAUGAAGUGAAUAACGAGAAACAUCCGGAUCACAAAGAAGAAGCUGAGAACGAGGGCCAAGAUGAGGACUGGAGUGCUAAAAAUGAGUACGACAAGGACGAAUAUGGCAUCGAGAACCAUGAAUACAAUUGGAGUGAGAAUGAGUGGGAGAGAGACGAUGUGAAUGAGAAGGAAGGGGAUGGGAAUGAUGAUGGGGCAAUGUCUAUGCCAAUAUCAACGUCUACGCCAAUAUCCAAGGAUGACAGAAAUAAUUGGAGGAACCAAUAUCCACAACGACCUGAUGCCGGGGUCUGUCCAGUUUAUAUGAAAACUGGGAACUGUAAGUUCGGAUCCUAUUGCAAGUUCAAUCACCCUGCCAGAAGGAAAAACCCGGGUGCUAAGGAGAAAGUGAAACAAAAGGAAGAAAGCCCACAAAGGCCAGAAAGGCCAGGGAAAACUGAAUGCAAGGGUGCUAAGGAGAAAGUGAAACAAAAGGAAGAAAGCCCACAAAGGCCAGAAAGGCCAGGGAAAACUGAAUGCAAGUAUUACUUGACGUCUGGAGGAUGCAAGUAUGGAAAAGCUUGUAGAUACAAUCACAAUGGUGGAAAAACUUCAGUUGCUCCGAUUUUAGAAUUUAACUUUCUGGGUCUGCCAAUCCGACUGGGAGAGAAAGAGUGCCCCCAUUACAUGCGGAAUGGAUCCUGCAAGUAUGGAUCAAACUGCAGGUUUAACCAUCCUGAUCCUACUGCAGUUGGAGGAGGUGACUCUCCUUCUGGAUAUGGCAAUGAUGGAUCUUUUUCAUUACAAGGUGUUUCUGAUUCAACAAUGGCAUCAUGGUCUUCCCAUAGAAUGAAUGAGACCACCCCCUACAUGCCAAUGUUGUUUCCACCAACCCCAGAUCCUGAAUGGAGUAGAUAUCAGGCCCCUGUAUACCCGAUAUCAGAAAGGAACCUACCUACACCUCCAGCACUUGUGAUGAAGAAUCCAGCAACUGAUACAAACUUCUACCCUCAUCAGCAGCAGCAAAUGCUAGUUGACGAAUAUCCUGAAAGACCUGGCCAACCUGAAUGCAGUUACUUCUUAAAAACUGGGGACUGUAAAUAUAGAUCCAACUGCAAAUUUCACCAUCCGAAGAGUCGGAUGCCCAAGCCACCCCCUUGCAUUCUCAGUGACAAAGGCCUACCGCUAAGACCUGAUCAGAACAUCUGCUCACAUUACAGCCGCUAUGGCAUUUGCAAGUUUGGGCCUGCUUGUAGAUUUGAUCAUCCCACAAAUUAUGGCAACUCAAGUUCUUCAGUUGAGUCUGAACCCAAUCAGCCUCCUUCCAUUGCCAAUUCAACAAUGGUGGAUGGGGCAAGAAUGGCUAUCUGAUGUAGCAGCCUGUGUAAGAAUUUUUGCAUCGAAGUGUUUAGAACCCAUGAUACAAAGAUUUUGAAUUCUUCCUAAGUAGUGCCCCAAGUCCUUCAAGAGGAUGGCAUGAUAAUUACCAUCUGUCACAAGCGCAAGCAAAAUUGGGAUAUGUAAAUUAUCUCUAUACCAAGUAAUUUUAUCAGCUAAUAUACAUAGUGAUGUUGGCAUUUUUAUUAUGACGCUUGAAUUCUUGUGCCACCAGUUUAGAGCUGCCUGUAUGAGUAUCUCCCAGUUAUUUCCUGCACUGGUUGGUCUCAGCUAGCCCACAUUUGAAUAUACAGGUGUGAUCAUUGUGAUG